UGGGACAGUGAGACCAGCGGCUGCAUCCCCAGUCCCCAGGUUGUGCCAUCACUGGGAGUGACAGGAUCCCAGGAUCCCAAGACCAGCUGCCUGCACAGCUCAGCUGUGCCUGCACCCAGCCCAGACCAGCUCAGACCCCAGCAGUGGAAAAGCAGAAGCGGGGAGGUGCACGUUGUACCUUCUCUGACAAGGCUCUGCUUUGUCCCUGGCUGGACCUGGAGUGGCUGCUGGUGACCACUGUGCUGCAGAAAUGAGGUCCAGAUCUGUGUGGCUUCUGUCAGCUCUGUUCCUCCUACAUGUCCAAGGCUGUUUCUCCCUGAGCUGCCCCAGAGUCGUGGCAGGCACAGUUGGAGGCUCCUUGAGUGUUCAGUGUCACUAUGAGGAGAAAUAUAAAAACAACAGAAAAUUCUUGUGCCAUCAAUCGUGUGGGCCAAACCAGGAGAUUGUGAUGACAGAAGUGUCAGAGAGAGAAGUGCGGAAUGGCCGCGUGUCCAUCAGGGACGAUCCUGCAAGCCUCAGCUUCACAGUGACCCUGGAGGAGCUCCGCCUGCAGGACGCGGGCACAUACCAGUGUGGGAUCGAUAUAACACUGAGCUGGGAUGCCACCUUCUUGGUUGAGGUGCGUGUGUCCCCAGCCGCAGCACCGACACAAUCCUCCAACCCCCUGAAAACCACAGACACCCUGGUCCCCGUGAUGACCCUGCUCCCAGAGCUGACCCUGCCUGUGCACAACCGGCCCAGCCCACCACCUCGGUCCCAGCUCAGCAGCGUCCACUCCUUGAAGCUCCUCCUGCUCCCGGUCUUCCUGAAGCUGCCCCUGCUCCUGGGCACGCUCGGGGCUGUCCUCUGGAUGAAAAAGAGGUUGCAGAGGGCACACUGAGAGAGGCCAGCUCAACCCUACAGGAGUGUCCUGGGAAUGAGAUGAUCGGAGUGAUGUCAACCAUUUGUCUU